AUGGUUCGUUAUUUAAUUCUUCUUGCACUUUUAAAUUUAGCUCAUCUUAGUGAAAUAUGUAAAACAUUGCAAGUUAGCACAAAUCUCAAAAAAUCACAAGAUGAUAUCAUAUCUUAAGGUGUCACAUCAAAACAAUGGAGCAGAAAAGCAAGUAUAAUUUUAAGUUUAUUUAAAUAGAAAAUCCAAUCAUAGUACCUGCUUAAUAACAUGUGGAUUAUAUCUAUAUUACAAGUGAAAAUCCCAGUUUAACUUUGGAGAACUUUUAAUUAAUUUUUGAUGAUCAUUAUUAUGCAGAUUCAACAAUUAGAUUAGACCAUCGACCAAGUGGAAAACACACUGAAUAUGCAAUAGAAAUCAAUUAUAAAUGUAAGGAAUAUGGAGGAACACUCAUUAAUUAUGAAAUGCAAUUUUAAAUACCUUAAUGUGGUGAUGCAUAAAUAUUUUGGAAGAAAUUUUGCGGAAAUCCUCUUACUUUAAGAGAAGGUUUUAAUGUGGAUAUGAUCUAUAAGAAUUACAGAUAAGAAAUAAUUAAAAACUCAGAAAUCAUUAAUGCUUCAUACUUUGACUCUGAUUUAGACAAUUACGUGUUCAAUGUUUCGAGAGAUGUUAAUGUAAUUAAAUUUAUCCUUUAAAUGAAAACUGAUUCAUCAUAAGAUUAACAACCUGAAGGAUUUCUUACAGAUGCAGCAUCUUUGAAGAAAAUCCCAGAAGUUAAUCUAACUCAACCUUAUGUAGAUGUUGAGAUGGAAAAUGUAACUAAAUCAUGGUUUGAAGGAUAACUAUCAAAUGGAGGUCUAAUAACCAAUAAAGAAAGUGAACUUACAUUGAAUUUUAAAUGUGUUGGUCUUGGAACAUCUAAAAUCGAGAUAACUUUCCCGUUUUAAUAUUUUAAAGAUAUCACUUUAGUUAUUGUUAAAGAUUGUAAUUAUGCUUUUAAAGUAUAAAAUGUGAUCAAUGCCAAAUAUCAGGAAGGUGAUAAAAAAAGUAUUUUAAAACUAAUAAUAUCAUAGCAUUUGCUAUCUAUUUUGUUAUUUUCAUUGUUGUUUUUGGUUUAAUUCUUAAUCUCUGUAUGGGAAGAAAAAAGGGAUUAGCAAAUAUACCAUUUUUCACUACAAUUGUUAGUUUCCUCCUUUGUAUUACAUGUUAAUAAAGAACGUAUUAAAAUAUUAUAUUUUAGAUGUGUUGGUAAAUGUUUAAGAAAAUGUUUUGGUUUGACUGGAGAAACGUUCUUGCCCAAUGAUGAACCAGAUGAAACUUUUUCUUCAGGUUAAAAAUAGUUUUAUGGUUCUAUAUGA